UCUAAGAAAACAUUUCCCAGAGAUUAAUUAAUUUUGGAUAUCCCACGAGAUUGAUCUCAUUUGAAUUGCAAAAAUAAUUGCGGGAAAAUUCGGGGAUUCCCCGGUGUCUGUUUUUUGACAUAACCCCUUCGAAUUUACCAAAAAUAGAUAAUUGUGGAAUUCCGCUGGUGGUAUUUUAUUUUGUAUUAUCUUCAACCGUUAUAGAUAUGUUUAUUCAGUCUUCUGGACGUUUUAGUCUGUCAUUAGCAGGAGUUUAUGGGGAUUGAGUGUAAGAACACUUGAAUCUAAUGAAUAACGGAGUUGAGUCAUAACAUCACGAUGUUUUGACCCAGUAUGCCACUUCCGUCCUUCUCGGUUAAUCCUCCUAAUGUGCGAUAAGAAAAUAACCGAAAACAUUGAAUAAACAUGAGAUUAACAUUCCUGAAGGGAAUUUGCUCCUCCAAUACCAAAACUCCUUUGAGAAUUUACGAUUGAAAUAUCAAUUUAAAAAAAAAAACAACAAUUCUUUCAUUACUGCGCAUAUCUUCAUGAAGAUAUUGCGCAAAAAUGGGCGUAGGGACCACUGCGCAACUUCCGUUGCACGUUUCGUUGCAUGAAAUUUCGCGCAGACCUCAGAAAAUAUAUACAAAAUAUCAAAUAAAUAUAUUCUUGAUAAAAAAAAUAUAGAGAUGGUCGAUUCCACAUUUUUAUUCGAUAAGAGAUAAUCUCGACGUUUUUAUAAAAUUGAUGGGUUCUUUCCGCUCGGCAGCCCUCGAGUUUUUUCAAGACCCUCGAGUGUUUCGGAACCUUUCACCCUACGAUGGACACGCAAAGGGAAGAAGAGAGAGCGGUAAAAAAAAAAUGGGAUGUGUAAAGAGGUGAGAUGUGGAUGGUGGUGGGGGCGGAGGGAAGCUGACCAGAUUGUGAGGGCCCCGGCAGCUGCUGUGACAGCUGCACCCGAUGCUCUCUUUCACCCUGACCCCCACUCCUGGUGAAAUAUAGAGAUGAGGCAUUUUCAAAUACCUCAAUUUUUCCAGGUGCACGUUUUAUCUGCUACGUGACACUAAAACCCGUCUCUUUGUCCGGUCCGGGACUCAAUAUGCGUCGCAGAUUUCGUCAACCUCCCAUGUUUUUUGAAAAAUAAAUUUUCAUACCCAUAAAUAAAUAAAUCCCAUCACGAUGUACCGAAAAGGAACCUUUUCCGCACGCUCUAUACCACUCGGGAAAAAUCACUUUUCCGCACUAGUUACGAAAUAUAUUAUUUCAAUCCCGUCAAAUUUUGAAUCGAUCUUAUUUUUGUGAUGGUAUGGAGAUGGUGAGGUUGAAUAAAAAAUUCAAGUAUUUGGAAAAUUCCUAGAGAAAUCCUCGAAUCAAUAAAUCCCGGAGAAAUUCCAUCGAUUUCGUCGGCUUGAGGUACCGUAAAGUCCAGGUAUGUGUCGGCAUUGAGAGGUGUGUCGAGGUCGAAUGGCGUAAUUUCAAGACCUGGAUUUAGAUCCGACGGAACUGCUUGAUCCCAUAUUUAUAGCGUUCAAUCAAUUAAACUUGUCGCUGACAAAAGGUGAAACAUUGGGACUUAAAUUGUAAGUGGUUCCACGAGGGGCUGUGCACCAGAUGGUCCCCAACAGCAUAUGCUGGUAGAAAUGAAAUUUAAGGCACCCCAACCUUCAGUUAUUGUUAAAGUACAUAUUGAGAUUGAUUAUUUACUUCUGGCUCAUGUGGGACGCAACAAAAACUCGCAGUCCCCGCAAUUAAAUUAAUCCAUCGAGACAUUUUCAUUGGUUGAAUAAAAAAAAUAUCGGAUUAUAUUGAAUUAUAAUAAUUAUAGGGGAGCAUUGGGCCCUGUGGACACCAUUUUAAAUUAGUCCCACGAAAUAAACGUGAAUUGUUGUCCCAAUUUUAUUUGCAAAUAAAUAAUUCAAUCGAGAUGAUGAGUAAAAUCAGUUUUCACUGGAUAUCCCUCAGGUGAUAGGAGAUGGAAAAAUUUUUAUAGAAACUUUUUUGUAGGUCUCAUUCUGCUCUAGAAGAAAGGUUCUCAUAAAAAUAAUCCAACGGCUCUCAGAUUCUGAGAUAUUCGCGAAAAACCGCGGAGCUCUCACGAUGCCAAUUCCCCACCCACCAGAUUAAUUAUAAUAAUCAAUUAUUUAUCAAUUUUUUUUCUUCAUGAGGAUUCCCUAGAGAAUUUAUUCGAGAAUCGAAUAUUUUUUAAUGUCUUCCAGGGAAUGAAUAGAAUUUUUCCCUUGAGAAAUUUCAAUUGAAUUGACAUUUUCGGUGUUCAUAACUGGGCAUUAGUCCAUUUACUCAUUGUGAAUGGUUCUGCUGGUGUGAGUGAUGACGAACCCUUGGAGCUGAUGGAGUCGUGUGGCCUGUCUCCAGAGUGGGGAUAGAAUUCUUCACCAGAAUUAACAGUCGCCUCUCUCCUCAGCUAGGUCCUGACUGGUGGCUGCGGUUGUUCAGUCAGUGAGAGCAAUCCAACCGAUACACAUCAUCCUCCAUCAAGUUGAGUCCCAAUUUCCCUACCUUUUAUUUUUAUCAUCAAGCCGAUGCAAUCACCUCGACCGGAUACACGCGUUGUCGGAGCGUGAAGCCGCAGUUUCACCAAGUGUUAUCAUUGAUUGUUACCAAGACUUUCUGGAAAUUAAAUUCCAAGUGGAACGUUUCACCGAUUUGUUAUCGUUUGGGUCAAGUGUUUGCGGGUGAUUAUUUGAUAUGGUGCGAGGAUUAUCGCAGUGGACCAAGACCCUGAGCUUUCCCGCCAGGGUCUCACCUCAAAGACCAACGAAAGAAUCCGCUAAAUUUCAUCUCAGCCCCAGCUCAAGUCCUGUCUCACCACCCAGUCCUAUCAACGAUAAUAUCAUGGACAAGACACCAAUCAUUGCUGACGAGACAUUUCAAGACCUAGAGGCAGAGAAAGCUAUUAUGGGAUCGAUUGUUUAUUGCAUACAUCAUAAGGACGGCUGCAAGUGGUCGGAUGAAUUGCGCAAAUUGAAGGCCCAUUUAAACACCUGCAAACACGACGCAGUCCCCUGCAGCAAUAAAUGCGGUGCAAUGAUCCCUCGAGUUCUAAUGGAGGAUCACCUGAAGUACACGUGUGCACAACGUCGUGCACGUUGUGAUUUCUGCGCCAAAGAAUUCACUGGACAAACCCUGGAGAAACACACGGGUACCUGCGGGUACGAGCCCCUCUACUGCGAGAACAAAUGCGGAAUGAAAAUCCAGAGGCGAUAUUUAAAUCAGCACAAACUGGGGGAAUGCGCCAAGAGACUGGUGGGUUGUAGAUACUGCAGCAAGGAAUUUGUCUUCGAUACUCUGGGGAAUCAUCACACAAAAUGCGGAAGAUUUCCAGUAGCAUGUCCCCAUCGAUGCGAAACAGCAGUGCUACCCCGAGAGGACCUGGAGAUUCACCUGAAGGAUCACUGCACAACGCACCUCCUCUCCUGCAGUUUCAAAGACGCUGGCUGUAGAUUCAAGGGAAAUCGUUUUUCACUGGACAAACACAUGGAGGAGUCGACGAAGAUGCACCUGAGUCUCAUGUGCAGUGUAGUAACUAAACAGCAGCACCAAAUAACAAGCCUAAAAUCAGCGAUGGGAAAGCUAUCGCUUAAUUACACUGGGACAUUAAUCUGGAAAAUCAGUGAUUACACAGCAAAAAUGUCCGAGGCGAAGACCAAAGAAGGAAUGGAACUCAUCAGUCCGCCGUUUUACACUAGUCAAUACGGAUACAAAUUGCAGGCGUCGAUUUUUCUCAAUGGAAAUGGCACUGGGGAGGGCAGCCACAUGUCGAUUUAUAUAAAGAUUCUGCCUGGGGAAUACGAUGCUCUUCUCCGUUGGCCGUUUUCUCAUUCCGUGUCGUUCACGAUGUUCGAUCAGACUGUCCAGGCUGACAAGGCGUGCAACAUCGUCGAGAGUUUCAUCCCUGAUCCGACCUGGAAAAAUUUUCAGAGACCGAGUCGAGAGCCCGAUUCCCUCGGGUUUGGAUUCCCCAGGUUCAUCUCCCACGAGAUGGUGAAGAAACGACACUUCGUCAAGGACGACACAAUGUUUAUCAGGGUCAAGGUCGAUCCCAGUAAAAUUGUGGCUGUUUAAGUGACUCAAAUUAUCUGUACAUUUUUUUUUUCAAUUUCUGCAUACAUUUUGAUUUUAUCGCAGAAAAUAUUUCUCUCUCGAUGAAAAGAUUAUUUUGUCGUUACGAAAUUAUUGUUGAUAAUUACUUGAUGAGGAAAUUGUCAGAUUCAAUUUCUUUUUGAAAUCGACCAAAUGUAAAUAUCAUUUUCAUUACUGUACAGUUUUUUUUAUAAU